UAGUGUAGCUCUGGAUCACGGAGUCCGGCGUAGAGGCUGAAGGAGCUGUGAGAGAACUCCACCAUGCUGAAGAAGGUGCUGCUGUUCGCUCUGGGUGGAGCGGCUGUCUUCACUGUAGGGAUCCUGAUCGGGCAUUUUGGGAUCAAGAAGAACACCUCGGCUCCGUUGCCCGAGUGGGUGCAUGAGGUGGCUCAGGACGUGGACGAGAACCUCGUCGAGAAGUUCAUCGCUCAGGUGGACACCACACAGAUUCGGGAAAACCUCCAGGUGCUGACCCGUGUCCCCCACAUGGCCACCACGGCCGGGGACGAGGCCACGGUGGAAUACAUGCUGAAGCGAUGGCAGGACAAAGACACGGGGCUGGACGCCGCAUGGAGGGAGGAUUACAGAGUUUAUCUGUCCUUCCCAGACAAAGACAAGCCGAAUAACGUCACUGUGGUAAGAGGUUCUGAAGUCGUGGCCUCCAUACGAGAAAAAGAGAAGGCGUAUUAUCCGGAGCAGAACGAUCCGGACGUGGUGCAGCCGUACGCCGCUUUUGGACCUGCAGGACAUGCCAAGGGAAAACUUGUGUACGCCAACCAGGGGAAAGUGAGUGACUACGUGUAUUUAAACAAUACCCUGGGCAGCUUAAAUGGAACAAUCGCCAUCGUCAGAUAUGGAGGAGCAGGAAGAGCUGAUAAAGGCUUCAACGCGGCCCCUUUUGGAGUCGUCGGGGUGCUCGUCUACACAGAUCCCUAUGACAUCAAUGACGGGAAGAUGUCGGAUGAAAGUGAAACAUACCCCCACUCGUGGUACCUCCCGCCAUCCGGCGUCGAGAGAGGAAGUUACAAGACUAAAUUUGGAGACCAGCUGACACCGUACCUGGCUGCCAAAAAUGGCACAUACCGAAUCGAAGAGAAGGACAUCACUGGGGUUUCGCCCAUUCCCAUCCAGCCAAUAGGGUUUGAAGAUGCUAUGAAUUUAAUAUGCGAGCUUGGUGGAUCUGAGGCUCCUGAAACCUGGCAGGGCUCGUUCCCCUGCAAGUACAACUUUGGUGGACCGGGAUUCAAAGACACUUCUCGUUUUAAAGACUGUGAUGUGCAGCUGGACGUGUACAACAAGGCGGAAUUAAGAGACUCUGCAAACGUGAUGGGAGUGAUCUGGGGCAGUGUAGAGCCAGACAGGUACGUGAUCUAUGGGAACCACAGAGACAGCUGGGUACACGGUGCUGUUGACCCCAGCAGCGGGACAGCAGUCAUGCUGGAGAUCACCAGAAUCCUGGGCCAGCUGGUCAAGACAGGACAAUGGCGGCCUCGGCGGACGGUGAUCUUCGGCAGCUGGGGAGCCGAGGAAUUCGGUCUGAUCGGAUCUGCUGAAUAUGCUGAGGAGUACAUAAGCAAGCUGAGCCAGAGAACAGUGGCCUACAUCAACGUGGACAUCUCUGUGUUUGCAAAUGCCACACUGAGUGCCUCGGCCAGCCCCGUAGCACAGCACGUCAUCUUCGCUGCCUCCAAACAGGUGAAGAUACCUGGAUCAGACACUGUAUCCGUCUACGAUAACUGGAUGCAACAUUCCAACCGGUCGAGUCCCACGUACGGACUCAUCCCCAGGAUGGGAUACCUGACAGGAGCAGGAAGUGACUAUGCUGCCUUUAUGCAUUACCUGGGAAUAUCCUCCAUGGACAUCUCCUACACUUAUGACCGGAGCAAAACCAGAGCACGUAUCUACCCUGCAUACCACACUGCGUAUGACACGUUCGACUACGUGGACAAAUUCAUUGACCCAGGCUUCACCAGUCACCAGACGGUCGCGAGGACGGCGGGGAACGUCCUGUUGCGACUAGCCGACAGCAUUUUACUGCCCUUUAAAAGUAGCGACUACGCCGAGACUCUCGAGCAGUAUCUUAGCGUAGCCGUGGAGAACUUUGACGUAGAACUGACGGCUAAUGGCAUCUCCAUGGAACCUUUAAAAGAAGCGGUGAAAUCAUUCCGGAGUGCAGCCCGGAGUCUGGAGGAGACCAUCAGCAGUUCGGAUGUCGUGAGCAACUCGCCGCUGAAAGCUCGCAGAAUCAAUGACCAGCUCAUGCUGUUGGAUCGAGCAUUCCUGAACCCGCUUGCCUUCCCUGACAAAUAUGGAUUCAGGCACGUGAUCUGGGCGUCCCGCUCCUCCGGUCUGGCCACGUUUCCAGGUCUGGGAGACGCCGUGGUGGAAGCGAGGACGAGCGGCCUGAAGCAGGACUGGGCUCAAGCACACAAGCACCUGUCCAUCGUCGCACAGGCCAUCUCCGGUGCGGCACACACUCUCGCUGAAGCACACGCUGCCCUGUAACACACGGCUUCAUCAAAGCAGCACACACAAGAUGUUUUCUUUUGUUGUUGUACAUAAAUCUUUUGUAUACAGUCCUAAUUGUAUAAAAUAAAUCAUUUAAUAACUAGCAACGG